CCUUCCACAUCCGGGUCACGUUCUCCUCAUGCUGUAGCAAGCAAGCAUGGCGGCGAAAAACAAGCAACGUAAAAAGUCCAAAGCGGGCUUUAAAGUGUCUUUUCAGCCGGCAAAAGAUGACAUGGAGGCCGAAAACAGCGGUGGGGAGGAGGGGGAAGAUCCUGCGGAGGAUGGACGUAAAGACAAGGGCAAGAAAGGAGAGGAAGAAGAGUUUAACCUGGAUGAUGUUCUCCGGCUUGGAGGAACACAGGCCGACUACGUCCUGCUCGCCGGUCUGAAGGAUGAAAACGAUCUGGUGGACGGAGGAAAGAAAGGAGCGAUCGACGACCUGGAGGAAGGCGAGCUCGAGAAGUUCAUCAAAAAACUGGGUAUCCGAUCCAUCGACGGACUGCAGAUCAUCCCUGACGAGCCGGAGGAAACCGCUGAGGAGACGGAGAGUAGAGAGGGUACAGAGAGUACAGAGGGUACAGAGGUUACAGAGGUUACAGAGGUUACAGAGGUUACGGAGGGUAAAGUGAUUAAAGGGAUAAAAGAGGGUAAAGAGAGUAACAAGGCCAAAGAGAAGGAAGCCGCUGCAGCAAAGGAACAAACAUCCAGCGCGCCUCCCAAAGUGGAAACCAUAAAGAAAGAGAAGAAGGCAAAAGAAGGCAGGAAGAAGAAGCAGAACGUGAAUGUGUUUGAGUUCCAGCCGAGGAAAAUCCUGCUCAUCAGACCCGGGGGGAAGUGGUUCGAUCUGGAAUACACCGCGGAGGGAGCCACGUCCCCACAGGACCCCCCUCUGGUCUCUCAGUACAAAGCUCUGGCCGUGCAGCUGUACGAGGCCGACCAGGGGCUCUACAAGAGCAAGAAGAACCUGCAGAAAGGAGCCAACUCCAACUGGAUGAAGACGGUGGUUUCCUCCGGUGUGCUGGCUGACAGGAUGGCGGCCAUGACGGUUCUGAUCCAAGACGCUCCGGUGCACACGCUGGAGCACGUGGAGAACCUGGUGGCCAUGGUGAAGAAGAAGGGCAGUCGGAGGCAGGGUUUGAUGGCGUUGGACACUCUGCGGGAACUUCUCCUCUCCGAUUUGCUCCCGGAAAACAGGAAGCUCCGAUCCUUCGCCGAGCACCCGUUCGAUCAACUUGAGGAGAAGGCGAGCGGGAACAGAGACGCUCGAGACCGCCGCCUCAUCCUCUGGUACUUCGAGCACCAUUUGAAGCACCACGUCGCCGAGUUCGUGGCGGCGUUGGAUUCCGUCGCUCACGAUACGGUCGCGGCAACGAAAGCGAAAGCGUUGGCGACGGCUCACGAGAUGUUGUGCAGUCGGCCGGAGCAAGAGAGAGCGCUGCUGAUGCAGGUGGUCAACAAACUGGGCGAUCCGGAGUACAAGACGGCAGCCAAAGCCUCCCACUUGUUGGAGUCUCUGAUUCACAAACACCCCAACAUGAAGGCGGUGGUGAGCUGCGAGGUGGAGAGACUCAUGUUCCGACCCAACACAGACACAAUCUCUCCGGCCAAGGAAAGCUUGUGGCCCAGACAACAUUAA